GAAGAAUUAAAGAAAGUGUUUGUAACAAUGAAUAUCAUUUCCAGAAAAAAAAAAAAAAAGAAAGAAAAAACAGAAAUUGGAAAAGAAAAAAAAUGUUAACCCAUUCAGUUUAUGACAGGUUUCUGGAAGUGGACUAAAAUGGAUAGAUAAGCCCAUAUUGGUGCUAUCAUGAACUGGGCCGACUUUCGCAGUUGAUUUUCUGGGCAAGACAAAAAGGCCGACAACAUAACGGUACCGGUAACCUCUUUCUUCCUGUACUGUUGUUCUUCAGUAUCCAUCAUUCCGAAGCCAGAAUUUCUGAAAGACGAACUGCCAGAACGCAUUACGAGCAUUUCCGAUACGGCUAAAAAUCCCACCUUUGUGUUUUUUUUUAUUCAAUCUUGUACCUUCCAGAUCACUUCUUAAGCUGUUUAUGUAAAAAGUUAUAUUCUGUACACCAGCUAGCUUCCUUUUUUCUUUUCUUUUCUUUUUUUUUGGUUUCGAAGCAUUUCAGCAAUUUUUUGAAGCUUUCAGAUAAAAUAUUUGUUUGGUAAAGAUUGAAUUUGAAGUGGGUUUGGUAUUUUUUGAUCAGCCAACCCGAUACAUUUUUGUGUUUCGAUAAAUAUAGAUUGUUAGAUAGAGAGUACAGAGUAGAAAAGGGAAGAAGAAUUAGGCCUCAGUCUUUGUCGAAUUCGGGAUAAAUGGACAAAAAGAAAGUAACGGUGCCAUUGGUUUGUCACGGCCAUUCCCGCCCUGUGGUUGAUUUGUUUUAUAGUCCCGUUACGCCAGAUGGGUACUUCCUCAUUAGUGCCAGCAAGGGUAUGCAUUUUCAUAUCUUUUUCCCUCUUUGAUAUGCAUUAUUGGCUGCCAGAUAAAUGCCUCCAGAUUCAUCUUUAAAUGGCUUCUUUUGGUUUUGGAUUGUGUCAUAAGCUUUUUUGAUUAUAUAAUGACUUCAAGCAAUCGUGUACUCAAUUUACAGCAAGAACAAAGUGGUGCCUUAUGGAUUUAAUUCUUGAAUAUCAACUUAAUAAGCUCCUUUAGCUCCUUUUAUUUCGUUAAUUUAAAAUGUUUUAGUAAAGAUGAGAACAUUGAUCAGAUUAUACCUAGAGAUGUGGGUUAACAAAGUUGAACCGUUAACUGUUAAGGAGUUGCUAUGACUGUGGAACUAAUAUUUCAUCUGAAAUUGGCUUUCUUUAACUCGAUCAAAGUUUCCAGAGUUGGUAGUCUGCCUUUGAUGAGCUUCCAAAAAUUUUUGGGUGAUAAAGACACAGACUCGCAUUAAUACCUUCUGUUGUGUUCAUUAGUGCACAAUAAUCAUGCUAAGAGUCUUUUAUUCCUUGGAUUGUGUCGACAAUGUUUUUUUUGUUCCAGAUUCCAAGCCAAUGCUUCGAAAUGGUGAGACUGGAGAUUGGAUUGGGACAUUUGAAGGGCAUAAAGGUGCAGUUUGGAGUUGCUGCCUGGAUUCAAAUGCUUAUCGUGCGGCUACUGGUUCUGCCGAUUUCUCGGCUAAAAUCUGGGAUGCCAUCACAGGAGAGGUUCUACAUUCUUUUGAGCACAAACACAUUGUUCGCGCCUGUGCUUUUUCAGAGGAUACCAACUUUUUACUGACUGGUGGAGUCGAGAAAGCUCUCCGAAUAUAUGACUUGAAUCGCCUGGAUGCUCCACCCAGAGAAGUGGACAAGUCUCCUGGCUCUGUAAGAACUGUCACUUGGCUCCACAGUGAUCAGACGAUACUAAGUUCUUGUACUGAUAUGGGAGGAGUCAGACUAUGGGAUGUCAGAACUGGUAGUGUGGUCCGGACACUUGAGACUAAAUCAUCUGUGACUAGUGCUGAAGUGAGUCAAGAUGGUCGGUAUAUUACAACUGCUGAUGGUUUCAGUGUGAAGUUCUGGGAUGCAAACCACUUUGGAUUGGUGAAAAGCUACAACAUGCCAUGCACAGUAGAAUCAGCUUCUUUGGAACCCAAGUAUGGCUUUAAAUUUGUUGCUGCAGGAGAAGACAUGUGGAUUCGUGUAUUUGAUUUCCAUACUGGUGAAGAGAUAGCUUGCAACAAGGGGCAUCAUGGUCCUGUGCACUGUGUGCGCUUUGCACCAGUAGGGGAAACAUAUGCUUCAGGGUCUGAAGAUGGAACCAUCAGAAUAUGGCAGACAGGGUCACUUACCAACGAUGAUAGCGAGCCUGUUUCAGACAAUGGAUCUACAGGAAGGGUGAAAGUUGCUGCAGAUGAAGUUUCCCGCAAAAUUGAGGGCUUCCAUAUUGCAGAGGAAGGAAAAGUCAGGGAAAAGGAAGAAGGAGAGAGUACCUGAGCAGCUAGUUGUAACGGAAAAGUAACAUGACACGUAGACGCGCAGUUUACUGGCCUUAUUUUUGCCCGCGGGGGCCACUUGAAAAUGCAAAUUGCGGUAAAUUGGUGACUAUUAAACUGGUGUACUUUUUGUUGCUUAUGUCUUGUACAUGUAGAGAGUGAGCGCUUGCAUUUUGGUUGGUUGUAUGCACAGAUGUGAGUAAACAAUCUUAUGCCAUUAAUGUUCAUGGGAUUGUUAUUUUCAAAGAUGAAAAUUCAGGUUAAUGAAUUUAGUCCAAUCCGAUCUGUUUAAUGAUCAGAAAAAUUUAGACUCUUGCAAUAUCUACGAUCAAGGGUUUAAUUUUCCCUUUUCCACUAGAAUUAGAUGGAAAAAUACAUUUUGAGGAACUAAACUGCAGUUGCAACUUUUCUGGGCAGAACCUUUUGCAGAGUUCAUAUACAUUGUUAACAUCCAAUCCAAACACGUAAGGGUUACAAAUUGAUCAAGUCAAUGAAGGGGCUUUUAAAUAAACAAAUACUAAUAAUGGCUGGGUUCUACAAUCCACAAAAAUUAACCACCAAGAAAAGGAAACUGAUCAUAGCAUCAACCCCUAAAGAGCACACGCUCAGACGUUAUGCAGUCUUUCAAAACUCAAAUUGCUAAAAAACAGUCUUCCGUAUAGAUCCAACGGUCUGGAAGCACUAUCAGAACUUCAAAUAACUGCUACCUUUGGAACAUCAACUGGGAAAUUAUCUAUCUCAGCCAACCAGGGGUUUGCGUUAGUUUCCUUUGAAGGCUUUACUGACCUUAGUGCCUUCCAGACAGCACUGUUACACUUGAACCCGGAACCGAAUGCAAUCUGCCAUACCCUAUCUCCUCUCCUCACUCUUCCUUUAGCUUCUGUAUAAGCUAAUUCGUACCACAAAGAGCUACUUGAGGUGUUGCCAAAUCGAUAUAAAGUCAUUCUUGAAGGCUCCAUGUGCCAUUCAGAUAGCUGCAAGUUUUUCUCGAUUUCAUCCAAGACAGCUCUGCCUCCAGCAUGAAUGCAGAAGUGCUCAAAAGCAAGCUUAAAAUCUGGAAUGUAGGGCUUGAGCUUCAUCUUAAACAGUUUCCUACCAACUAAAGUAGCAAAGAAAAGCAGCUGCUCGGACAUUGGCAGGACAAGAGGUCCUAGAGUGGUGAUAUUAGUCUUCAGAGCAUCGCCAGCCACAGCCAUUAGCUCCUUUGACAAUGAAACACCAAUCUUUCCAUUAUCAUCUUCCUCUUGCACGACACAGGCAUAGCACUUAUCAUCGGCACCCUUGUGAGUACGAACAGCGUGAACCAAUUUGUACUUGGCUCUUCUUCUCUCGGAAAAUUUGUUAGAUAAUAGUAUUGCAGCCCCUCCCAUUCUGAACAAACAGUUUGAAACAAGCUUUGACCUGUCAUUUCCGAAAUACCAAUUCAGAGUAAUGUUCUCCAUGCUCACGACCAAGGCGUAUGAGUUUGGAUGGUACUGUAGAAGUUUUUUGGCUAGAUCAAUAGAGAUCAGACCAGCACUGCAGCCCAUGCCUCCUAGAUUGUAGCUAGCUAUAUUUCCUCGGAGCUUAUAAUGGUUAAUUACCAUUGCAGACAAACUUGGGGUUGGAUUGAACAAGCUACAGUUCACAACCAAAAUUCCAAUAUCUUUUGGAUUCACUUUGGUCUUGGCCAAAAGCUGGUCGAUGGCACCAAACAUAACAACCUCAGCUUCUUUUCUAGCUUCCUUCAUAGAUGGAUUUGGGGGAAUAUUGAGUACAGCUUCAGGAAGGUAAGUAUUAUCUCCAAGGCCAGACCUUUGAAGGAUUUUCCUCUGAAACUCAAGAUUCUCUUCUGAAAAUGUGCCAACCAUUUGGGACUGUUCCAUGAAAGUCUUCUUUGUACACCGUCGAGCUUCAUCAGGCUUGUAGCAAGCAAAAUCGACAAGGUAAACAGGGCGAGGACGAGUGAGGAAGUAGAUGGUUGAUAUGAAAACUAAGAGACUUGAGCAUAGGAUGACCGAAAUUAAGUUGUAUUGAAGAUUAUCCCAAAGCUCAUAGAGGUCAGGGAGGGACCAGGUGGACAUUUGAGCAGCAACCACAACAAUAAAAGGGGUGAUGAAGAGGUACAUUCCAUGAGUAAUGAGAUAAUGAUAACCGAGCUUGACGUACUUCAACUUGAUCGAUUUCUUAUAAUCUGGGAACUUCCCAGACGAGGGAGGGAGUAAAGGGGUGCUUGAUUUUGUCUCUGCCAUGUUUGCCCCUGAUCAGAUCAAACCAUCACUAGGUAAGACACUUUGGAGAAAAACUCCUUGAAAGCAGAGAAGAAAAAAAGAAAAAACAUAAUUCACUUGACAACUUGAGCAAAACUGAUGCCCUCAGCAGAAUUGAUUGUAAAUGAUAGAUCCUUGAAACUAAUACUAAAUCUGAAAGACCGUGACAUCUAACCAAAGAAAUGACUCAACCAUCCUUUCCGGUUUUAGAAAGGGAAACUUUAGCAAGGCAUUGAAAGGCAACUAGACAAAAGUGGAUAACAUUGAAUUAGAAUUCGUUGCAGAUGUUCCCCUUUUGUACCAACUUGAAUGCAGUUUCAUUAUAGUUGUAUGUUAGCAACAAUGUAGUUCUACGAACAGUAAGAAAGGCUAGUUCUUUAGACCACAGAUCAAGAUUCCACUCUCCUCUAUCGUUCAUAAAAUUUCCCAAUGCAAUUCAUAAACAAAACACAUUCUUUAAAAGCGAUUCCAAGAUUCAACAGAGCAGGUGUGCAUCAUCAAGCAAGCACAUCAAAAAAUUUGAACAUAAAAACAGAAUCUUUCCGGUACUUGAUUUACAUACAUUGUGAACUUUUAUCAUCUUCAGAACAAAACCGGAUAAAAAAAAUUCAUUCUUUACAAGUUAAAGAAAACGAAAUGCAUCAAAACCAUGACAAACAAACCAUGAAAUCAAUAACAGAUCUCCAAGAAAACAUGUCAAAUGAACUUAUCAAGGAAAAUUCUACACCAUAUCUAUCAUAAAAAAAAGAGCAGCCCAGAAUAAGAAAAGAUAAUUACCUUUCAAGGCUCAAUCGCACCCCCGAAAGAAAAGACACCUUCAAUCUCCCCUCAAGAAAAAAAGCAGCAGCCAAGAGGGGAGAGAAAGAAAGGGAGGAACUUCAAAUGUAUUAACCAGAAAAAAAAAAAAAAAGGCUCAAAUGGGAUUGAUUUUGUUAGCCUAAAAUUUUAAUAUUAGAAAAAAUGUCAGUAAUUUAAUAGAGGGAAAAACGUGGGUUGAGAUUUGAGAAGGCCUUUCCGAGAGGCUUCUGAUGAGAAGAAUGAGAUUCGGGGAAUAUAAUUUUGCAGGCAAAAAGAGAAGAGAGAACAACAUGCAAUGCCACCAAAUUUAAAUGGUCCAAAAAUGAGACUAAAUUGAAAAUACAAAGUGGAAAAUUUUUACUAGUCCACUUACGUUACGUGUUUUAGAUUCCGUGUCAACACACACUUCCCCUUUUGGUGUGUGUGGAAACCAGAAACCUAAGAAGAAGCCUAGAAGAAGAAGCAGAAGAAGAAGAUGAAGGCGGCUGGCUGCUUUUUAAGUUUCAACCGGCCUUUGAAUUUUGAAAGAAUGCUUUUUUUUUUCAGCUGUUGUUUUCCAAGAAGAGAGGCCGAAUGUAAUUAUGGUAAUGACCACUGCAAUUAAAUCCUCAGGGGCGCGUAAUUAAAAGUAAUUAAAAGUGUGGGUUGAAUAGGUCAAAGUUGGUUGGAUUGGAUGAAAUGUGAUGCCCUUCUUCUCU